UGUAUGUGCUGCACACACAUACAGGAGGCGAAACUUUCAUACACAUGAAGUAAAACAAAUCUAAAAUUGUUUUUUAAAAAAGACACUGUCUCUGAAAAUGUGUUAUUUCUCAGGCACAUGGUUUAUCCCAGAUCUAUGCUAGAACUUCCACUACUUCAGUGACACAGACAGACAGUCUUAUCCUUGUGAAGCUUUCGGAUUUGUGGGCAUGUCGGGACAAACAGCACAGUGAUUUAAUUUUGCAAUGCAUGUCUACAAUGCAUGAAAGUCCCAGUAAUUUUGACUUCACGUUUUCGAUGUAGCAUUAAUUGGUAUUAGAUUUUCCAGGGCCCUGCUGGUAACGAUUAAAGCAAGUCUCCUUGCUUCCCUCUGUAUUGCUGGUAUACAGAGCGCGCACACUCACUGUUUCAUUGCUCUCCACAUCUGGUGUAUGGAAAAUAGUUCUUCUCCCAGUUGGUUCUUUCUUGUUACCGUACCACUUGUGUUUCUUUCUCUCUUCUUCCUGCCCUUCUGAGUUCUGAACUCAGUGGAAUGCCUCCUUCCCAUCUUAAUGUCAUGCUCACUAUUUCAAGUUUUACCUGUCUUUGGAUAAGUUUUCCUCUAAGUAAUUAAUUUCAAUAUUAUAAUCGUUUGUGUAUGCAAUACUUCCAUUUCUUAAACCCCUCUUUGAACUUUUGCUAUCUUAGGCAGAUCUUCUAUCAAAUGUGUAUUGUGCUAAUGUGGUCUUACUCUGUCGUCUUCUCCUCUACCUGCGGGCUUAGCAUUUUAGUCAUUCUACCUCCAUGUUCAGAUGGUGGGUUAAACUAGAUACACUUCAGACUAAACACUUAUCCUCAACUCUCCACUCCUUGCCAUUUCUGUUUCUUGUUAAAUAUCUCCAUUGUCUUACCUAAACUCAGCCUCCUUCCUUUGCAUUUUUUAACAUCUUUGGGUCAGGAAGGUCUUUUGGAGAAGAUCCCUUGGCAUUUCUCCUUAUUUACCUAUCGUCCUUGCUACUUUUUGGCGUGUUUUUAUGGACUGCCUUGUUUUUAUCUCUGUUGUUGAACUAAUGAUACUAACAUACAGGUCUGGUCAUGUAAGACCUGAACAAUUUUUGGAUAGCCACCAAAGUAUUUGUUCAUGAUGCUAUGUAUGGGACUUACUCUUAAAAUGUCCAGGGACAGAUAAGUGUAGACUAGAUUAGGGAAAUUCCAGAAGGCAGAACUAAGUUGACCAGUGUGCUGAAAGCUGUUAAAGCUGGGUAAGCCAGUCUUAUGGGGGCUUAUAAUGCCAUUUAAACUGGAAUGUUCUUGAGAAAUUCCACAAAACAUUAAAACAGCAAAUUCUGGCUUUCGGUUAUCUAUGAACAAUAGUGAACUUUUUGCUUCUUGGUAGAGUAUUGCGUUUUCAUGUUCCCUCCCCAUUUUCUUAUUUGUCCCCACCUGAGUAGUCAGUCUGUUUCCUCUACAGUGACUUCGAUGCUGAGCAUUAAUCUCUGACCUAUAAAUAAAUCCUGCUCCUCAGUCCUACUUUAUUAGCCCACUUUGGGUCUUCCCAGGCCCCUUACUAUGUAUUGUCCUUUGAGUCUGUUGCAUUGUUCUAUAAUAUUUUACCUCCAUCACCAAGGACUGACUAAACUGAGAGGAUUCUCUUGCACCCGUAACUUUUUCUGGAGUUAAUACUCACUGCAGGUCUAUUGUGUAUCAAGUACUGAGUGCUUAGAGAAAAUGGAAUAGCUACUACUGCUGUAGGUGGAGAGAGUAGGAGUGACUCAUUGGCAGAGAGGACCAUCAGUCCUGGACCAUGGCAGGAUUGUCCCAGGAACGUGCAGGCUCUGGAUUCAGCCCAUCUGUAAGCAAGCAAAGAAGAGAACCCAGACUGUUCCUGGGAUUGAAGUCUGUAUCACGAGGAAAUGCUGAAGUAAGCCAUGCCAUAAAAUGUGGGUUGUCAAAUAUCAGCAUGCCAACACAAAACUGUUUGCCCAACUUUUGUCUCUAUAUAACCGUGCUUUAUAACAUUAUUAAGCUUCUCAGUUAUAGUUGGGAGGUCUCUUCUCUCUGGCUGAGCUCAACUUAUCCCAUAAAACUGGAUGGGAGAUUGUUUCUAACCAAUUCAAAUUUGUGUAAGAACAGCCUUCAGCCAGCCUUCUGUUAGAACUCGCCCUAAACUUUACAUUUGACUUUAAGGUGAGCAAAGUAACAUUCUCCCUCUCAUUAUGGUACUGAAUUUCACUUAUUUCUGAUAAUUUAAUGAUUCCAAACUCCAACAGGACUUGAGCCCAGAGGAACAAGUAGAAAAUGUUUAAAAGCACCCACAAAUGAUCUGCUUUUUCUGGCCUGCAGAUUCGAAGAGCAAGGCACGAUUUUUGCCCUCCCCACCUCCAAAUUGCCUCAGUUACAAGUCAGAGGGCAGGCUUGGUGAUCAAGACUGGCAAGCUCAUUUCAAGGUCCCCUGCUGUGGGGUUGAUCCAUCCCAACUUGAGUCAGAAGAGGCAGAAGUGGAUGUGAGAGAAAGAGACACACACAGAGACAGAGAGCCAAAGAGGGCAAGAGACUUGACUGUAAGAGACUCCUGUACUGACAACUCCAUGCAGUUCGGAACCAGAACGACUCCGGCUGAACCAGGGUUCAUGGGGACAUGGCAGAACGCUGAUACUAAUCUCCUGUUCAGAAUGUCCCAACAGGUUCCACUGGCAUGUGCUGGCAGAGUGCUGGGUGCAGACUUUUGCCCAAACCUGGAGGAGCCAGACCAGAGGCUGGAAGUCCAGGCCAUCCGCUGCACACUGGUAAAUUGCACGUGUGAGUGUUUCCAGCCGGGGAAGAUUAACCUUCGGACUUGUGAUCAGUGUAAACAUGGCUGGGUGGCACAUGCCUUGGAUAAGCUCAGCACACAGCACCUGUACCACCCCACUCAAGUGGAGAUCGUGCAGUCCAAUGUGGUGUUUGACAUCAGCAGCCUGAUGCUCUACGGGACACAGGCGGUGCCUGUGCGGCUAAAGAUACUGCUGGAUCGGCUCUUCAGUGUCCUGAAGCAAGAGGAAGUGCUGCACAUACUGCAUGGCCUGGGCUGGACCCUGCGGGACUAUGUCCGAGGAUACAUCCUUCAGGAUGCUGCUGGCAAAGUACUGGACCGCUGGGCCAUCAUGUCUCGAGAAGAGGAAAUCAUCACCCUCCAGCAGUUUCUACGGUUUGGAGAAACCAAAUCCAUUGUGGAGCUGAUGGCAAUUCAGGAGAAAGAAGGGCAAGCUGUGGCUGUGCCAUCUUCAAAGACAGACUCGGAUAUAAGGACUUUCAUUGAGAGCAAUAAUCGCACCAGGAGCCCUAGCCUCCUUGCUCACUUAGAGAACAGCAAUCCUUCCAGCAUUCAUCAUUUUGAAAACAUACCAAACAGCCUUGCAUUUCUGCUUCCAUUCCAGUAUAUAAACCCGGUCUCAGCCCCAUUGUUAGGGUUGCCUCCCAACGGGCUGCUUUUAGAGCAGCCUGGACUGAGGCUGCGGGAACCUAGCAUAUCAACCCAGAAUGAAUACAAUGAGAGCAGUGAAUCUGAAGUAUCUCCCACACCUUAUAAGAGUGAUCAGACACCCAAUAGAAAUGCCCUGACUAGCAUCACUAAUGUGGAACCCAAAACCGAGCCGGCCUGUGUUUCCCCCAUUCAGAAUUCUGCCCCAGUCAGUGAUCUAAGCAAAACUGAACACCCAAAAAGCUCAUUCCGGAUUCACCGUAUGAGAAGGAUGGGGUCAGCCUCCAGGAAAGGAAGGGUGUUCUGUAAUGCAUGUGGGAAGACAUUCUAUGACAAAGGCACUCUCAAAAUUCAUUAUAAUGCCGUUCACCUGAAAAUCAAACACCGAUGUACCAUUGAAGGUUGCAACAUGGUCUUCAGUUCCCUUCGAAGUCGGAAUCGCCACAGUGCCAACCCCAACCCUCGCCUUCACAUGCCUAUGCUAAGGAAUAACCGAGACAAAGAUUUAAUUAGGGCUACAUCAGGAGCUGCCACUCCAGUCAUAGCAAGCACAAAAUCAAAUCUCACACUCACGAGUCCUGGUCGGCCCCCAAUGGGUUUUACCACUCCUCCACUAGACCCCGUCUUACAGAACCCUCUCCCUAGCCAGCUGGUAUUUUCUGGGCUAAAGACUGUACAACCAGUUCCUCCUUUUUAUAGAAGUUUACUUACUCCAGGGGAAAUGGUGAGUCCUCCAACCUCCCUCCCAACCAGUCCCAUCAUCCCAACCAGUGGUACCAUAGAACAGCAUCCUCCUCCCCCCUCUGAGCCAAUAGUGCCAGCAGUGAUGAUGGGCACUCAUGAGCCCAGUGCUGACCUGGCACCUAAGAAAAAGCCUAGGAAGUCAAGCAUGCCUGUAAAAAUUGAGAAGGAAAUCAUUGAUACAGCUGAUGAGUUUGAUGAUGAAGAUGAUGACCCUAACGAUGGUGGGGCUGUGGUCAAUGACAUGAGCCAUGACAAUCAUUGUCAUUCCCAAGAGGAGAUGAGCCCAGGCAUGUCUGUGAAGGACUUUUCGAAGCAUAAUAGAGCCCGGUGCAUUUCAAGAACUGAAAUCAGGAGGGCUGACAGUAUGACAUCUGAGGACCAGGAGCCUGAGCGGGACUAUGAGAACGAGUCUGAGUCUUCAGAGCCUAAACUUGGUGAGGGAUCCAUGGAAGGGGAUGAGCACAUCCACAGUGAGGUGAGCGAAAAAGUCCUGAUGAACAGUGAGAGGCCUGAUGAGAACCACAGUGAGCCAUCUCACCAGGAUGUCAUCAAGGUAAAGGAAGAAUUCACAGAUCCCACUUACGACAUGUUUUACAUGAGCCAGUAUGGACUGUACAAUGGCGGGGGGGCCGGCAUGGCUGCCUUGCAUGAAAGUUUUACAUCGUCUCUGAAUUAUGGAAGCCCUCAAAAAUUCUCCCCUGAAGGUGACCUGUGUUCUAGUCCAGACCCCAAAAUCUGUUAUGUGUGCAAGAAGAGCUUCAAAAGCUCCUACAGUGUAAAGCUUCACUACAGGAACGUUCACUUAAAAGAGAUGCAUGUCUGCACAGUGGCUGGCUGCAAUGCCGCCUUCCCCUCUCGACGAAGCAGAGACAGAAACAGAAAUUUACGGAUGGAAAGAACCAUAGGUCCAGGACAUCGAGACAGCCUGCAUCUCCGUAGACACAGUGCCAACAUAAACCUGCAUCGUAAACUGUUGACCAAAGAACUCGAUGACAUGGGCCUGGACUCAUCGCAGCCCUCCCUCAGCAAGGACCUCCGGGAUGAAUUUUUGAUGAAGAUCUAUGGUGCCCAGCACCCUCUGGGGCUCGAUGUCAGGGAAGAUGCCUCCUCUCCCGCAGGGACAGAAGACUCCCACCUGAAUGGGUACGGGAGAGGCAUGGCGGAGGACUACAUGGUCCUUGACCUGAGCACCACCUCGAGCCUCCAGUCCAGCAGCAGUAUCCAUUCCUCCAGAGAAUCCGAUGCAGGCAGCGACGAGGGGAUUCUUCUUGAUGACAUUGAUGGGGCGAGUGACAGUGGGGAGUCGACGCACAAGGCAGAGGCUCCCACCCUCCCCGGCAGCCUUGGGGCUGAAGUUUCAGGAUCUCUUAUGUUCAGCAGCUUGUCUGGGAGCAAUGGUGGGAUCAUGUGCAACAUUUGCCACAAAAUGUACAGCAACAAGGGGACUCUGAGGGUCCACUACAAAACUGUGCAUUUGCGAGAGAUGCACAAGUGUAAAGUCCCGGGCUGUAACAUGAUGUUUUCCUCUGUGCGAAGCCGAAAUCGGCACAGUCAGAACCCUAAUCUCCACAAAAACAUUCCCUUCACCUCGAUAGAUUAGUCCCAGAACGGACACUACAGACGCCAGCUCUCACCAGAUGGCCUACAUGUUUGAACUGCCAUAGCCAGUGUGUGCUUCCGGCGUACCGGGGCACAUGUGUGUGUCAUGUGUAUGCCUUUGUGUCUACACUUGUGCACACAUACAUUUUCUUUUCUUUAGAUAAAAAUGAUAAACACUAGGUGCUUUUGAAUUUUUUUCUUUUCCUUUAUAGUUUUGGGGGAGGGUGGAUCUUUUACUUGGGAUAAAAACAAAAGUACCCUUUUCAACACACCACACACACAGAGAGAAGCACACAUAUAAAGUGUGCAACUAGCCCCAAUUUUGAUAGAAUAAUUCUUGGUCUUCUCCAAAGAGACAUUUUGUUGUACCUAUGACUGUUGCCUGCAAAAAGUAAAUAAAUAAAUAAUAAAAGGGAAAAAAGAGAAAAGAAACAAAAAGGAACUUCUUAUAGUUGUCUUUUGUGAACUCUAAGGUUUUGAGAGAAUCUUCAGUUAAAGCAUGGCAGAUUCACUUGUAAAUAUUUAGCCUUGAGAGGCCAAUGAUGUAAAACAGUUGUAUUGAUUGUUGUUUAACUCUUCUUUAAUUUUGACAGUUACAUCCAGCUGUUAGAUAUGCGGGAAAUAAAUAGUUUGCUAGCUAGUUCUAUUCAUUUUCAUUAGCAUUAAUGCACAUUUUCUUUAACAAAAAACAAAAAAUAACGAAAAAAAAAAGAAAGCCAUGGUCUUGUUUUCACUACCUGUUAGAUAUAGAGAUAAGACGUGCUGGCAUGCUUUGAAGCACAGAGCUGAUUUUUUAAGACGUCCUGUACAUAAAUCAGUCAUGCACUUUUCUCAGACGCUACAAGGGGAUGUGUAAUGCCCAUGCUUCUUUUUAUCCUUAAACUGUUGCCAUACUUCAGCAAGUAUCUUUCUUUAAAAAAAAACCCACUUGUAUAAAAAUGGUCUGGUCUUAAGUAAAAGGCACAAAUGCCAAACAAAAAGUAUUAGUGUUAACACAAAACUGCCAACUUUGCACAAGUUUUCAGAAAAGAAAAUACAAUUAGUCACUCAACAUAACCACAGGACCGCUUUUUGGCCACCAGAAAAAACAAAACAAAAACACGUGGUGAUUCUUUCCAGUGCGGAAUGUUGUUAGAAUCCACAUUGCAUCCUUCCUCCAUACAUGUUAAAUGACAUGAAAGGAAAGCAAAACAAUGUGGUGUGAACCAGACAAGGCAUUUUUCUUUUGUAGCGGCAGGAUAAUAUUUCAGGACACAAUAGCGCAAAUUACUCACUGAAGGAACAAAGCUGAAUACAGUAAGAGUUGAACACUCAUUUCCAAGGCCCUAACCCUUAUCCCUUGAAAGGGAAGAAAAAGUCUGAGCUGGGUUAGUCUGUUGUAUGGCUGUCUCAUUUGUCGCAAAUUCUGCAGUAGCUCUGCACUCGGGCCUGCUUAAUAGACAGAAUCAAAAGCCAGUUCACAGCAGCUGUUCUUGGAAGCUCUGAAAACACGUGCUGAACUUGAAUUGAGCAGCCCUCCUCUCUGAGCAAGUGAGCAAGCCGCAGAAGGCCAGGGGAAGACAGGAUCGCACUGUGCAGUGUUUUGUGUUUCCCCACACGAAUUUGUCAGAGAAGUGAAAGCAAGCCUGAAACCAAGCAAUUGAGAGUGAGAACAAGGCGGGGUGGAGACUGCUCCAAACCUUUUUGUUUUGUUUUGUUUCUGAUGUUUACACAUGUUGCCUGAGCUGGUUAACCACAUCGGCAGCCUCAGCUACCACAGCAUACUGACUAAAUGAUGGUAUUUACUCGACUUCGUCCGCAGCCAGAACUGCUGGGGUGUGCUUGCAGGAUGGGUUUUGCUAUCUUUUUUCUUUUGGGGGGAUUGGGGGUAGGAGGGUAAACACUAGUUUUGUCAAACUACAUAAUAGAGAAUGUAUUUCUUUUUUGCAUUUAAUGGCCUCAAACAUUUCUCCCAACGGUUUAAAACUUAGAAAUACCCUUUGUUUCAAUUUUUCAUAUCAUUUCCAUUUUUCAUAUUUUAUUUUUUACUGUGUUCACAUCAGCAUUCACUUCCGUUAAAUUUGCCAAAGGAAACUGUCAAUAUGUUUCUGUUAUUCUUCCUGUGCGACUUAUUGUACCUCACAGUAUUUUUUUUUUUCCAAAAUUAAGCAUCAUUCAUUGGGGGGUCCGGAUUUUUUUAUAUUUGAGAAUCUCUGAGCAGUAGGCUCUUGUAGAUGAGCUACGUGUUCCUAAAGCUUUGUCUUUGUCUCCUUCUGAAGAUGCCAUGGGGUCCACUUGGUCCUUCAUGUGUUCCACCGAGGAAAAGACCAAAAGCAUUUACAGUACAAAAGAAACGAUCACACACAAUGUCUCUUAAGUGACAAAUGUUUACGGUAAAAAGCUGAGGAAUUAGUAAUAACUUUCUGUUUCCUUGUACCUUUCAUUUCCCCAAAACUUAGUUGCUUUAUUUUGGUGUCAUGUUAAGCUGAACAACCAGAUGUGUUCCUUUGUUUUAUAACAUACAAGACUCUGUACAGUAUGUUUGUGAAAGAUUGAACUAGAAUAAUGAACAUUUGUUUGCAAACA